AUGGAAGUUUAGAGUUUGUGUCAAUUUCUGCGGAAGGGGAGUCCUUAUUUAUUUGGAAAAAGAGCUACAAUGCUGGCACAAGUUCCCAGAUAUCCUGUAAGUCCUAAUCCCUUCCAGAAACUCGACCGCAGCAGUCAUGACCAGAUGGGAAUGCACAUUUUGGCAGUGCCCGAAGGCCCCAGUAGACAGCGGCCAAGAAAGAGCUGCUUCUUUGGCAUCGAGGUGUCGGAGCAGCUGGUCUGGGAGAACUGGGAGCUGGGUGGAGAAAUCACAAAAGUCCUCAAGCUGAAAAACAUUCAGGUCAAAAUGCAGAAACUCAGAUUCAGACCUCCCUCUACCAAAUUCUUCACCACCUUGUUUCCUCAAACUAUCAUCUUGAGUCAAGGGACCUCCUUCUCACUUCCAGUGACCUUCCGCCCUCUUGAGAAGCGUGAGCACACGGACAGCAUUGUGUUUGAAACUGGAGAAGAUGCCUUUACUGUCCAGCUCUUUGCUGCCCUUCCUCACCAUGACUUGGAGUUGCCUGAGUCAAUUGAAGUGCCAAUGUGUGCUGCCUAUGAUAGCUCUGAGGCUAGCUUCCACAUCCACAAUACUAGUAUGCUUCCCACUUCAUUCUCCUGGAACGUACCAGAGCCUUUCCUGCUGAGCCCAGCCAAUGGAAGCUUGGAUCCUGGGUCACAAUGCAAGAUAAACAUCCUCUUCCGACCUGAGGCUGCCCUGAUGUAUGAAGAUAUUGCCACAUGCUUAUUUGGAAGUGAAGGCAAAUGCCAGAAAAAUAUCUGUUUGAGAGGAAUCGCUAAAUACCCGCACCUUCUGGUGAGUGCAGCUGGUUAUCUGUCCCAGACGUCGGGACAAGAAGACACGCAAAGUGUGCUGGAUUUUGGCUGCGUUGCUGUUGGGAGCACUGUGGAGAAAUACAUAGACAUUCACAAUCCAUCACCGGUAAGGGCUCCCUUCAGGAUUGUUCGAGUUCUCAGUCCAGCCCUGAUGGACUCUGCUUUCUCCUGUGACAUCCAGCAGGCCCUGGCGCCGGCGGAAGGGAAACUGAGGGUCCCGCUGCGUUUCUCCCCGCAGACUGUAGGUGUUGCCAGCAUUGAAUAUUUCUAUGUGGUUACUGCCGGAAACAUCAGCAAGUCCAUUCUCAAAGCAGUUGGAACCUGCAAAGGCCCUCUGGUAUCCCUAGCGAGCUCUGUGGUGAAUUUCGGCUGUGCAAAUCUUGGGGAGACUGUUCUACGUUCCCUGGAGUUCACUAAUACCUCGGAUGUGCCUGCAUACUUCCAGUUCAGCAUAGACUGCAGCCACAGUGUCUUCUCCAUAGAUCACAGCUGUGGCAUUCUUCCUGGAGAGACAUCCCUGACAUUGAAUAUAGCCUUUCAGCCAACCCACCCCAUGAACUAUUACAGGAAAGUGGCCUGCCUCAUCCAUCAUAUGGAACCUGUCUACUUGGAUUUCAUUGGCACCUGUCAUUCAGAGCAGUGGAAGCCAGCAAUCCUGCUCCCCAAACACCUGCACCUGUACCACACCAAACUGGCAAGGGGGCUGACCUGCUACCCCCCAGACAUCCUGAGCAGCCUGCUGGCAGAGAACAAGUUACAGCUGGACCAGGGUGGAGCCCUGAUGCUUCCACCGCAGGACCAUGAAAGCAACCCAGCUAAACCCCAGCCUGUGGUGGACUGCUUGACUGAAUACUUUGAUGACGGGUACAACACUGAUGCCAGCCACUUUUCGGCCCAUGUCACUGCUGACACCCAGGAGUUCCUGUUCCACAGUGCCCCCCAGUCCAGCCCCCUCUGCCUGACCAAUCACACCAAGGGAAAGCUGACUGUGGUGUGGACCGCUCCGAAGGGGAGCCCCUUCAGUGUGAGCCCUGAAACCUGCGACCUUCCUCCACUCAAAUCAACAGCCUUCCGGGUCAACUUCACACCAAGCAGGGGCAACUGGCUCUACGGAGCACAACUGGAGUGUUUUGCCUCUUAUAAGGUAAUGCAAGACCACCGACAUAUAAAGGACUGCACUCUCUGCCCACCUUGGUGCCUGACAGUGAGGGUUAGCGGACACACCUUCCAGCCAGGACGAGAGCACUUCAUUCCCCACUACUCCCUGCUAUCUCCUCGAGUGGUGUUCCCAGCUGUGCCACAGGAAGUUACAACUUAUAGAUCCCUGCUCCUCCAAAACACUGGGGACUUGCCUAUCACCUUCAGCUUAGAUGCCCAGCAUAGCCGCACAGUUACAGUCAAACCCACCAGUGGGAUGGUCCUGCCAGGGGCUCACGAGAUCUUCACACUCAAGACAACACCCAAUGAGGGCAAGAUUCACAAACUCAGCAUCCCACUGCAGCUAAACUACUCACCGAGAUCCAUACAGGAGAUCAUUGUCCUGAGUUCAGUGGAGAAACCAAAGAUUGCCCUGGAGGGUGAUGGGACUCUGUUCUUCAAGCCAACGUGCGUUGGAUCUUCAUCAGAGCGCACCUACAUUAUCAAGAAUGUAACAAGACUGCCCUUGCGCUUUGAGUGGAAGAUACCGAGUACAGACUCCACGCUCCUCUCUGUUACUCCACAAGGGGGCAUCAUUCAACCCAAUGAAUCCCUAGUCCAGGCUUGGUGCUUCUCACCCCAAGAAGAGAAGGAGUAUGUCCUGAAGACCAGCCUGACAUUUUGGGCGUCAAGGAAACAUUGUAGCCCCCAACCCAGCAAAAAAACACGCCUCUGCCUCAAAGUCAUUGGUAUGGGCUCAAAAGGAUCCAUUGCAGCAGAGCAGCCUCUCUUUGAUAUGGGAGAUGUACUGGUAGGCAGCUCUCAGUCCUGUGACCUGGUGCUGCUCAACAAUGGGUGCUGUGCCUUAGAUUACACCCUCACUGUGGACCAGGACAUUAACGGACAUUGCGACCUGGAAGAAAUAAAAGGGGACCCCAUAGCUCUAGAGUUGGAGUUUUCAAGUGGAAUGAUCCCUGCAAGGUCAAAGGUUAUCAUCAGGGCCACUGCCAAGCCAGCAAGGAGAGUUCACUACAGUUGGUCAAUCGGCUAUCAGAUACUGACCCCUAGAGCCCUGCAGCAGGCUCUGGAUGGGCAGGCGCUGUGUAAGGUAAGCGUGGAGGGGGUGUACCCCAGCCUCUUGGUUAGUGAUGCCCGCAGUGCUGGCAGUGUCCAAGGAAUCAGCAAACUGCAGCUGUGGAAGCUCUUCUCUCUGGACACCCUAAACGCCUACCUGCAGCGGGACCCAACCCCAGCUGAGCUCACUUACAGAGUGCCGACCAGACACAGUAUUCGCAGAUGCCCCUCAGUCUUCACCCCUGUUCUGCUGGAUUUUAACUUUGGUGCUGCACCCCUGGGAUCAGAGCCCUCCUCUGUCCUGCUGAUGUUUGAGAACAAUGGGACGGUUCCAGUUGAGUGGACAUUCCUGUUCCCCGCUGACCAGCAGAUUGAAUUGGAGUACUGGGCUGAGAGCGGGGAGUUCGACCACCAGGAGCUCCAUGAGAUGAGGAUCCAGGAUAAUAAACUCUUCAGCGUGUCUCCCAGGGCUGGCAGGCUCCUUCCAGGGCAGCAGAGGAAAGUGCAGCUUAAAUAUAGACAUGAAUUUCCUGGUACAGACCGCCUCCCUGUCCUUCUGAAGCUAUCCCAUGGGCGUGAAAUACUGCUGAAUUUCAUCGGUGUGACAGUUGAGAGGGAUAGGCACUACAUUCACUUCACCUCCAAUAAGCACACAUUCGCCCCUGUGGCAAUCGGGAUUUUUAGCCCUCCAAAACAGUUUUACGAGCUGUACAAUGGAGGCUCUGUGCCUGUGAGUUACUACCUUGAUCUAGACCCUCUGCAGGAGCUGGAAGAAGGGAAUUUCAAGCACCCUGUCUUCCAGUGCCUCAACCCCAAAGGAGAAGUGCUCCCUGGGAACACAGCUUUCAUUGAGUGGAUCUUCUCCCCUCUGGAAGCCAAAACAUACACGGUGCUCAUUCCGAUCCACAUCCUGGGCGGAGACUCUGCUCUGGUCUCGUUUUGUGGAGCGGGAUAUGAUGCGAGAGCACUGGGAGAGGCAGCUCCUGUCAGUGGGGACUGUGCCCCAUUUCCAGUGCCAGCUAUCCAAAGAGUCCCGCUCCCAGGGCAGCAUGUCUUCCUUUCAGAAGAGCGGGUGUCAUUUAGAGAUUCCCCAGUAUAUUCCAAAAGAAGCCAGAUAAUCUUCUUGUAUAACACUUCACAGACGGAAAGGGUGCUCUUUAACUGGCAAAGUGCUUGGGAAAGCACUAGCGAGGCUGUACUGAUAUCCCCUCAGAAUGGGGAGCUGGCACCAGAGGAAAGCACUCCAUGUAUCCUCUCUCUGGAAGCUUCAGGCAGCCCUGGCUUCUACUACCUGGACCUCGUCUGUCAGGUGACCUCUGAACAAGCUCUGAUGCAGUACCAGCGAGAGCUGCAGGAGUGGGAGAGGGAGAGGGAUAAGCAGGCAUCGGAAUUCACUCUGACUGACACCAAUGCUGCCUUUGAUGGACAGCGCGCAGUCUGCACCAAGGUUUCAGCCGGUUCAGUACAGAAACCAAGAAAAUGCAAGGCUCUGCCGCCAGUACAGAGGCCUUCAGCCGGGGGGCUAAGCAGGGCUGAGCGAAGAGCACAGCGAGAGGAGGAGAGGGUCUGGAGGAAGCCAGAGCCCCCCAAACCAUUCCCUCUCCACCUGGGAGUGACGGUGCGCUCCCACUGCCUUGAGGAGUUCCAUGCCAACUUCCCAUUGGAGUUACACAAGCAUUACAUACGCAGGUCCAUGAAACAGAAAGGGGUGACCACUCCUCUGGAAUCUGUGGAUACAGUGGAACCGGAACCUGAACCUAAAGACCUCUGUGUCACUUGUGCCACUGAGAGAGGAAUUAUAACUGAUGUUCUGACUUAUAUACUAAGGAGCCUGCUGGAUGACACUCAGUUCCAGCAGAGUCUGAUAGAGAGUUUGGCUGAGCCGGUCCCUUAUUUCGCUCAGUUCUGCAGUAAGGGCAUUUCCAACGUGGCAUCCCUCCCAGAGGGGCCUGAAGGGGCUUCUGCUGCCCAUUGUGUCUCAGCUCCCACUGGGGACAGGGGUCCCCAAACCAGCCCUGCAGCUCAGAAGCCCAAUGUGCACCUUGCAGGCAGACAGAGCAGUGAGUCAUACACACAGGAGUCCAUCCAACAGCAGCUACAGCUGGAGAUGAAGAAGAAUAUUAAGAGGCUCCCUGAGUUCUGUAACCUGACAGAAGAGAUCCUGGUGAAUACACUGCAGAACAUUAUCAUUGAGGCGAGCUGUGGAGAGGUGGUGCUGACAGCACGGCCCAGAGUGAUUGCACUGCCACCCGCUACUUCAAGGCAAGCACAUCCCAGAGGAUCCUCACGAGCCGGUUCUGCAAAGAUACCGCACCUCUCUCCUGUCCCAGCCGGUCACAAGAGAGAGCUGAGUGGGCAAUCUGCAGCAGAGCAGACAGCAGAAGGUGGAGCCGCGAGGAGGCCUGCUUCAGAGUCUGGAACUGAAUCAGUGAGCAGAGCAGAGAACAACAACACCUCAUAGCCUGCAGGCUUUAAUUUAUUGGAUAGCCUAAUAAAAUGUAGCCAUGCACUGUUUUUAAUUACGCUUUUAAAGGAUGUAUAAUCUCCUUUUAAUUAAUAAUAGAUGCAACCACGUCAUGAUAUUGGUAUUAAACUUAACUGAAUUAGCAAUCAACAGUCAUAAUGCAAACUUGGAUUAAGAUUAAAAAAGUAAAAAAAAAAAAAAAAAAAAAAAAAAAAAAAACAUUAGAUAACAGUAAUAGAGAAAUUAGAGUAUAUUUUUAUAAUCUAAAUCUGAUCUAAAUAUAUCUGCCCUUUAACUGUAUAUUUUUCCUGCUGAUGUUUUCCACAGGGGCAAUGUAUUGACCAACUUCAUGUUACCCUCUGUACAUGCAGUAAAUAUAGGAAAGAGGUUUACAAAAUGAGUUUCAGGGCAGCUGUAGCUGCAUCUGCCACUGUUGAGAUAAUAAUUAAAAAUAAGACCCUGCGAAAUUGAAAGUCACAUUGAAAUGAUUGCAGUGAACAAAAUACCGCGCCCGACUGUUCAAUACAUAGGUUUAAAAUGUGUAGCUGUUUCCCCUAAUGACAUGUUUUGACCCAGGAGACACUGCUCAGGUGAAGCUACCAUCAAAUAUCUAGUGAAUAAGGCAACAAACUUUCUUUAGCCUAAAGAAAAUACAUGUGCUUUCAAAACUGUACACGUGAGACCAUGCAGCUAAUGGAAGUGCAGAAGUGCAAAAAAGUUCACUGCAGUCCUGUAUACUGCUCUUUUAAGAGAACUCUUAUAUAGACUUCAGACAGCUGAUAUAGUGUAGGAAGUGUCAAUGAUGAUCACAAUUACCACUGACAAAUGAUAAAGGCUGCAUUGCCUGAAUGCCAGCCCAUGUGCACCGAUACUUUUAAUCAGCUCUUCUAGGAAGAGAAAGGCAUUUAAACUGAACAUCCAACCCUGAAGUCAGCAACUUAACUGAGGUGUUAUCAAAAUGUAACCAUUACCAACAGCACAGUGUACCGUGGUAACAUAGAAAAAUAUAGCCAAUCAUAAUACUUAUUGGCUGAGCAGCUUUCAGCCAAUGAGAGACCCAGUUCCACCUGCUGUUUGCCACAUCCCAAACAAACCCCACUCAUCACAGUAGCAUAUUGAGUUUCUACUGUACUUUAUUAUCAAGAUCUCUACGCUUGAACCUGCUUGAAAAAUCAUACUUGCAGCACCCCUUGGAAUUGCUUUUAAGCCAAUUCAUCAGCAGAGCAUGGUAAAUCAUUUGAGGUAUGGCAUCAUGUACUAAGAGAAACCAGGUAAUGCUGUACAUUCCUAGUUUAAGCACAACAAAAGCAUGGUAAGAAGAACCACUCAGAGUUACUGUAAAUGGCUGUAUUACUAAUUCAUGUGUUUAUAUUUGAACAACAUAUUCAUUGCUGUGUGCUGUUUUGGACUAAUUAAAGUUUUAAUGAA